ACUAUAAGCUUCGAUACCUAAAUAGAUUUCUUUUAAUAUAAAACUAACUUGUAUCCGAUGAAAAGCUUAUAUUUUGCCAUAAGAUCUAAAUCGGUAAACAUCGCGUUUAAGAUUGAUUCGCUUUAGUGAUACGAAGUUUGUUUAAAAAAAGGAAGCUUCAUUUCUAAACGGUUAUUUGUAUUGAAAAAAAGAGAGAGUUUAAAAAAAAAGAACUAAAAAUACGAAAGUGAAUAAUUAAGAAAGUUAAAAUGUUUAUUUUAUAUUUAUUGGAAUAAUUAAAAGAAAAGAAGUUUAAAAAAAAAUUCCAUGAUAAAUAAAUUUAAGUUCGAAAAUACAUCGAAUCAAGUCAUCUGAACCGGAAAAAAAUAUAUACAAAAAAAAAAAGGAUAAAAUGCUGCUAAUAAAUUGGCGCUUAAAAUCACUCUUCAUUGUUUUCGUUGUCCUUGACACAGUUCCUCAAUCAACACAUGCUGAUAUUGUGAUCAAAUGUUCAAAUAUUGAUGAAUUUUAUUAUUCUGUUCCUGAAUCACAUUGCACAUCUUAUUACAAAUGUAACACACGGGGAUACCGUGAAGUCAAAGAAUGUGGCCCAGGAUCAAUGUUUGAUUUCUACACUCAAUCGUGUACAAGAUCAUCAGGAAUUUGUUAUGAACCAAUUUGUACUGGCCGUACAAAUGGUAUGUACCAGGAUACAACCCAUGCUUGCCGUCGUUCCUACUCAUGUUUCUCAGGCCGAGUUAUAAGCAUAGAUAAUUGCCCGCCAAAACAUUUACACAACGGCAUACAAUGUGUCAGUCAAGAUCUUGUUAUGUGUGAUCUUCCACAAAAUACCGCUAUAGGGUUUCCUUUUGCUGGAGAUAACCGCUGUGUUGGAAAACCAAAUGGUUUACAUGCUGUAAAUAACUGCAGAGAAUUUGUCAAAUGUCAAAAUGAAGAAGUUGAAAAUGUAAGCCAAUGUCAAGAAGGGUAUCUUUUUAAGGCCGAUAUUAAUAAAUGUACGCCCGAACGCUUUGUCACAGGCUGCUCUGGAGAAAUUACAACAAACAAUGAAUUGAUGUGUAGGGAAAAACGUGAUGGAUCUCAUUCGGAUCCUUCAUCCGAAGAUUGUUCCACCUAUAUUACCUGUAAGAGUGGAAAGUUUGUGUCACAGCAACAAUGUGGGCAACAGGCGGUUUUUGAUGGAACAGGUUGUGUGCCUAGUAUUUUAUUUCAAUGCCGUUCUAAGGCGGAGUUGAAAGCUUACGAUGAGGUGUGCCGCUCAAAACCAAAUGGAUUCUAUAUGAGCCCACAACACGGGUGCAGUUAUUACGUCCGAUGCAUGGGAGAACGGGGUGUUGAAAUACAUCAGUGUCCACCGGGCCAGUAUUUUGAUCCUGAUGAACGAAACUGUGUAUUUGAAAAAUUCGUCGAACGGCAAAAAUGUAUACAAAAGGGCAUUUCGCAAGAGUGCAGUGGCAAGCCUUCUGGUUUCUAUCCAGAGUUAGGCUGCCAGUCGUAUUUUCAUUGCUAUAAUGGCUACAAAACGCAGUAUAAAUGCUCUGCUGGCAAACUGUUCAAUGGAGAUAAAUGUGUUCCAAAAUCCCAGUAUUCGUGCAACCUAGGAGCUGAUGAAUUUUGUCUUAACCGUCCUGAUGGGUAUUACAAGGAUUCGAAUAGUGGGUGUCGUUCUUUCCACUACUGUUCCAGUGGUCAUAAAAUCACAUAUCUGUGUGAAGAUGGUCAUACAUUUGAUGGACAGAAGUGCGUUCGUUUGAGCCGAAGCAAUCAGUGUCGUACAGACUUUCAAUGUUAUGGCAAAUCCGAUGGAUAUCAUGCGGAUGUCCGUUCAAAUUGCAGAAAUUACGUUUUCUGUAAGAACUAUGAGAAAAUAACCCAAUUGACAUGUCGCGACAGCAAUGUCUUUAAUGGACAAAAAUGCGUUAAUCCGAAUGAGCAUGCCUGUCCAAGUUUGUACAACUAUCGACAGUUGAAUUGCAUGCCACGGCAAUGCUUGGAACAGCAAUGCGCCAGUGAUGGAUUCUUUCCAGAUAUCGAUUCGGAAUGUCGUUCGUAUUUCUUUUGCAUAGGAGGAAAAGCAUCGGCAUUGACAUGUCCGCCGGGAAAGCUUUUCAAUGGAGAGAUAUGCGUUACGGAGGACACGUUUACGUGUCCUGUUUAUUGUGAUAGAAUCUCUAGUACGGGGAUAUUAAACUGUCCACUGGGUGGAUUUAAGUAAUAUUAAGUAUUUAUAUUUAUUUAUGUGUUAAGUUUAGUUUUGUCUUUUGUGAAGAAUAUAUUUUUUAAAAUUACUUAAUAUAAGUGAUUUAUUUAUAUUUUCUUUUUAAGUUAUUUUAGUUUGUAAGGUUAGGUUUUAGUGUAAAAUGUAAACAA